CAAAACCUCUCUCAAAUACUCAAAAGUUUCAAGCUUUCCAACUCAAAAUUCAGGCAACAAAAUUGCAGAAUUUAAAAAAAUGAAGAAUCAUAAACCCUAAAAACACAAACUGCCGCAUUUCCCUCUAAAAUUAAACCCCAAUUGCUCAAUUUUUUUCAUCUUCCCAGCAAUGGCAUCCAUUGACAUUCUCAAUCCACCUAGAAUUUGCAUUCCCAAACCCCACACCCACUUCAAAUCCCCAGCUCACUCGAAGCGAUUUGGUUUGGUUCGGAAACUUCAACCGCAGCUGCCUCUCCGCCGCGGGUCACUCACCCUCCUCUGCCAAACGUCUUCCGGGCCGUCGUCAAGGUCCGGUGACAAUAGCAAAACCCCCCAGGACGAUUUUGUGGCCAGGGUUUUGAAGGAGAACCCGAGCCAGAUUGAACCCAGGUACUUGGUUGGCGACAAGUUCUAUACUUUGAAGGAAAAAGAGAGGUUGGGGAAGAAUUCCAAUGUGGGUUUUGUUGAACUCUUGGCGAAACGGCUGAAUUUUUCGAAGCUGAAAAAUGAGAGAAUUGAGGGACAGAGUGAUGGUGGAGUGAAGGAUGAUGCUGUGUAUUUAAAGGACAUUUUGAGGGAGUAUAAGGGGAAGCUCUAUGUGCCUGAGCAGAUUUUCGGGACGGAGUUGCCGGAGGAAGAGCAAUUUGAGAAGAGUUUGGAGGAAUUACCCAGAAUGAGCUAUGAGGAUUUUCUUAAAGCUGUGAAGAGUGAAAAGGUUAAGCUCUUGACUUCCAAGGAAGUUGCAGGGACUUCUUAUGGGGUCAGUGAUUACAUUGUUGAUUUGAAGGAGAUACCCGGCCAAAAGAGCUUGCAUCGAACCAAAUGGGCAAUGAGGCUGGAUGAGGGUGAAGCUCAAGCUCUUUUGGAGGAUUACAUGGGCCCGAGAUAUGUGAUUGAGGGGCAUACUACGUCUUGGGUUGGAAAGGUACCACAGUACCCUCAUCCGGUGGCAUCUUCCAUAUCUAGCAGAAUGAUGGUGGAGCUUGGAAUGGUAACAGCUGUAAUGGCUGCUGCAGCAGUUUUUAUUGGAGGAUUCCUGGCUUCUGCAGUAUUUGCUGUUACCAGCUUCGUUUUUGCGUCAACUGUAUACGUCGUAUGGCCUAUAGUCAAACCAUUUACGAGACUUUUUCUUGGUCUCGUCUUGGGUAUUUUGGAGAGAGUAUGGGAUAACCUUGUUGACUUUUUCAGUGAUGGAGGCAUUUUCUCUAAAUUUUCUGAAUUUUACACUUUUGGUGGUCUAUCUGCCAGCAUUGAGAUGUUAAAACCAAUAACGAUUGUCCUUAUGACCAUGGUCAUUCUUGUCCGUUUCACACUUUCAAGAAGACCUAAGAACUUCCGGAAGUGGGAUCUGUGGCAAGGGAUUGAUUUUUCACGAUCCAAAGCAGAAGCCCGUGUUGAUGGGUCAACUGGAGUUAAGUUUAGUGAUGUGGCAGGGAUUGAUGAAGCAGUAGAGGAACUUCUGGAGUUGGUGAGGUACUUGAAGAACCCAGAACUAUUUGACAAAAUGGGAAUAAAACCUCCGCAUGGGGUUCUUUUAGAGGGUCCUCCUGGAUGUGGCAAGACCCUGGUUGCGAAGGCCAUAGCUGGUGAGGCUGGUGUUCCGUUUUACCAAAUGGCUGGAUCUGAAUUUGUUGAAGUCUUAGUUGGUGUUGGUUCAGCUCGUAUUAGGGAUCUAUUCAAAAGAGCCAAGGUAAACAAACCAUCUGUUAUUUUCAUUGAUGAGAUUGAUGCAUUGGCUACGAGGCGUCAAGGAAUUUUCAAGGAAACUAGCGACCACCUGUAUAAUGCAGCCACUCAAGAGAGAGAAACUACUCUGAAUCAGCUCUUAAUAGAGCUUGAUGGAUUUGAUACUGGUAAAGGUGUUAUAUUCUUAGCUGCUACAAAUCGCCGGGAUUUAUUAGACCCUGCACUUCUUCGACCAGGUCGUUUUGAUCGGAAGAUAAAAAUUCGUCCUCCUGCUGCGAAGGGGAGAUUGGAUAUUUUGAAAAUCCAUGCAAGCAAAGUGAAAAUGUCACCAUCUGUUGAUUUGUCCAGCUAUGCACAGAACUUACCAGGAUGGACGGGAGCAAAGUUGGCUCAGCUGGUCCAAGAGGCUGCACUUGUCGCGGUGAGGAAGGGGCAUGAUUCAAUUUUUCAGACAGACUUGGAUGAUGCUGUUGAUAGACUCACUGUAGGACCAAAGCGGAUUGGUAUAGAGUUGGGCCAUCUGGGUCAAUGUCGUCGAGCCACUACUGAAGUUGGAGUGGCAAUGACUUCUCAUCUGCUUAGGCAAUACGAAAACGCAGAAGUUGAACGGUGUGAUCGCAUUUCAAUCAUCCCUCGUGGUCAGACAUUGUCACAAGUUGUAUUUCAUCGACUUGAUGAUGAAUCAUACAUGUUUGAGCGCCGGCCACAAUUGCUGCAUCGCCUUCAGGUUUUACUUGGUGGAAGGGCCGCUGAAGAGGUCAUAUAUGGACGAGACACAUCAAGGGCAUCGGUUGACUACCUUGCUGAUGCAUCUUGGCUUGCUCGUAAAAUUUUAACCAUUUGGAAUUUGGAGAAUCCGAUGGUCAUACAUGGAGAGCCACCACCUUGGAGGAAGAAGCUUGAAUUUGUAGGCCCUCGGCUGGACUUCGAGGGAUCACUAUACCACGACUAUGACCUGAUUGAACCACCAGUGAACUUCAAUUUGGAUGAUGAUGUUGCAAAAAGGGCGGAAGAGCUGAUACACAAAAUGUAUGACAAAACACUUUCUCUGCUUAAGAAGCAUCACACGGCCUUGCUUAAAACUGUGAAGGUUCUUCUUGAACGCAAGGAAAUUAGCGGUGAAGAAAUUGAUUUUAUCUUGAACAAGUACCCUCCACAAACACCCUUAAAGCUUCUUUUAGGAGAGGAAAAUCCUGGCAGCCUUAAGUUUGUCACACAAGAACAGGAACAGGAACAGGAACGCAAGUCAGAGUACGCCCUUCUAUCUCAAUCCAAUGGAGAAAGCCUAUGAUUAAGCGAAUAGGGACUCUCCAUGGACUUGGGUGUAUCGUGCAUUCGUUGAGGACUGCAUCGAAAGCUUCAUUUCUAGAUGGACUCACUUAUGGGGACUCUCUUUUUUUAUUUACUUUUUUUGGUGGUUGAUAGAUAAUGUAGAAAUGUGCACUCUCUAGAUGGAGGCUGAUAUGGUGUAAGAAAGGAAUUAGCUUCCAGAUUCAUCUCUACUUUUUCCAUUUACAAAUGAAUGAGAUUACUACUCA